AGCAGAAAGAAGCUGAAAGAGAAAGAGUAGCUUGGUAAAUGCCAAGUGGAGAAGGGUAAGACGAGGACUGCCUGUGGCUUGUGGUAAAUGACUAUGAGAGUGAAAAGGAGAGGCAACAAGGGGUUACGCGACUCCUCAUGGUACAUUUCAAGUUCAGUUCUCGUGGGACAGCCGGUCUCAUUCGUUUGCUAACCACUCUAAAAAUAAUUUGUUAAAUGUAUUCCCACGGUUUUAAAACGUAAAACACCGCGAAAAGCGAUUCCAACGGGAAAUUGUUAUUUUCCACAGGUGAAUAUCAGCCCAAACUCUUGGCGAGGCUCAUUAGAUGAAACGAUAACGUCUAGAGUAUCCGGGAAGUGGCUUAUCGCCUUGUAGUGGAUGCAACCACGGCGUAAUCAGGAACACACGACCAGAGCAUCAACCCGAAUCGGCCCUUCUCCCUUCUUCCUGUGCAUUCGUAUUCAUCACGUCAUCGCAAUGUGUACACCAUCCGCAUGCAGUCCAAUGAUUUUAGUGGUGGACAAUGAGUUUUAGUUUGUUCCACAUCAUACACAAUCCAAAUUGGCGCGAUGAACUCUCAUUGAUGGUUCAAUUGUAAUUGUCCAGCUUGAAAUUCAGAUUGAAAUUACUAAACUGUACGAAUUGUUCCUGGUCCAUUGUUUCACUUGCUCCUUCACCAGGCAAAACCAAUCUAGUCUGCAUGGGCUUUUAUGCUAUCCAGCGACAUUGACAUUUCCAUUUUCUUCUCGGGAUGAAAGUGACCCGAGUCAUGUGUUUCUCCUUGGUUUUAGCUAUCGAAAUGCUAUUUGCGGCUGUCUGGAUUUUCUUGUACACCGCAGCUGAAAGUCAUCAAGUCAGGUUCUUUCGGACAUUUGAAUGCAUUAAUGGCCAGUGCCAGCGAACACAACGACCGGUAUCAAUUCUUGAUGUCGAGAGACUGAAAAUCCAUGGACAGCAUACCACUCUGGCAGCUUGCAAGUUGAUCUGUGGAGGCAAUGGAGCACUUUGGCCUUUACCCACCGGCCCUUUCAGUAUCGGCAAUAAUUAUCUCCUCACACAUCCCGACAAAAUAACUUUCGACCUGACAAGAAUUCCCCCAGGGGUUGAUUCAUUGAUUAAUGAAGUAAUCAACAUAUUCAGAACAAAUGUUGAAUCAUCCUGCGGUGAUAACUGUGAUGCAGUUGAUUCAUCAGUGAUUGUCCAUGUCAAUGUGGAGUCAGGAAAUCUCGAACUCGGUUGGAAUACCUACGAGAACUACAUUCUUCGGAUCAUCACUGAAGAUGAGGAAGUGCACGUACACAUCAAUGCGACCUCUGUAUACGGGGCUCGUCAUGCUCUGGAAACUCUCUCUCAGCUAAUUGCACCGAUCAUUAAAUCGAGUGAUAAGAGAGGAUUGGUGAUCAUCGAUGAGGCUAAUAUCGAUGAUAAACCAAUUUUUAAACACAGGGGAGUUAUGAUAGAUACUGGGAGAAAUUAUCUACCGGUCUCUGCGAUAUUAAGAACAAUCGAUGGACUCGCAGCUACAAAAAUGAAUGUUCUACAUUGGCAUGCCACUGAUUCACAGAGCUUUCCAUUGCAGAUCAAAAGCAGACCACUAAUGUCAUGGUACGGCGCUUAUUCGCCGAAGAUGAUCUACACCCCUGAAGACAUGGGGCGUAUUAGAAACUACGCGAAAUAUCGGGGAGUGAGAGUGAUUCUGGAGAUGGAUUCUCCAGCUCAUGCAGCGACUGGUUGGGAAUGGGGUGAGACCCAGGGACUUGGAAAAUUAGCGGUUUGUGUUGAGCAACAACCCUGGAGGAAUUUCUGUAUUCAACCACCAUGUGGACAGUUAAAUCCAGUCAAUCCUCAUGUCUUUGAAGUUCUCAGGGAUGUGUACAAGGAUUUUUUUUCAAUUCUGGGGAACGACACUGUCCUGCAUAUUGGAGGAGACGAGGUAUGGUUGCCAUGUUGGAACUCCACCCAGGAGAUUGUCGACGCAAUGCAGGCCAGAGGCUUGGGUAGAACAACCGAGGACUUUUUAAAACUUUGGGGAGAGUUCCACAACGAACAGUUGGAACUCAUAAGCAAACUUAAAGAGAGAAGCGACUCUGUGAUCGUUUGGAGCUCUGGUCUCACUGAACCCAAUGUAAUUGAGCAGUAUCUUGAUAAAAAUCGGUUUAUUAUACAAACAUGGCUGCCAGCCGCCUCCACCGUUCCGGAAGAACUCCUCAAACGGGGAUACAAAUUGAUUAUCUCAACGAAAGACGCCUGGUACUUGGAUCAUGGCUUCUGGGGAAUUACAAAGUACCAUUCGUGGAGGGAUGUAUACGAAAAUAGAAUCCCAAGAAAGGAGGCUGUCCUUGGAGGUGAGGUGUGCAUGUGGGGCGAAUAUGUGAAUCAAGGGGGUCUGGAUGCUAGAAUAUGGCCAAGAGCAGCAGCAGCUGGUGAAAGACUCUGGACAGAUUCCACGACAUUAAAAACAAUCGAUGUGGAACCGAGGUUUCAGGCUCACAGAGACAGACUGGAGAACCGAAAUGUUAAAGUUGAUGCAAUUUCUCCUGCGUGGUGUGCGCAGCAUGCAACAAAGUGUGAUUAGCAGAUCAAUUGCCAAGAAUUUUAAUAUUCUUACAAUUUUGCUAUUGGGGAUGACGUCUCCCGUUGAUUCUUCCUCGUUGAAUAAUAAUUACUUCUACAAGAAUAUCUUUGAUAUUUCAAGCCAGAUGAUUAAUGUGUGAUAAUAGGAGAAGAAGAUGCAGGAGAAGAAUGAAGCAGUCCUGUUACCUGAUAAUUGAAAAACAAUAAAACGUUUCUAAAAAUUGUUUAAUCUACGUAAUUAACAGGUGUUAAUUAUUGGGUAUUGGUGUGACAAAAAAGAAAUUAAAGAACAAUUUCACUAUUUAAUGACGGGAUACAGGUGUCAAAUAGAAAAUCCAUUCCAAAUUAUUGCCUUCUCAAUUUUCACUUAUUUUAAAUUAUUAUUAUUUUCACUAUUAUUUAAAAUAGUCAUUCUGUCAUCCGCGAAAGACAUUCGAGAUUGUUAAUUGAUUGAAUUACUACUAGACUAAUUUAAAUAAAAGCAUGUCCAUAUUACCCCCCACUCCCCUGCAGAUUUACUGCAAAUUUUCAUGGGCAUUAUCUAUAAUACUGAUUUUAAUUUCAAAAAUAUUUGGAA